AGGAGGGUGUAAGGCAACCUCGGGGAAACUGGGAACGGCGGCCUGGACUUCGGGAACGCCGCGUACCGCCGGGCGCACAGCCCAUCCCGCGUGAACAGGCGCCAAAGGGGCGGUCCCGCGGUGCGCACCGCUCAGAACUCAGGGGAUGGUGCGCCCGGCCCUUCUGCUGCGCACAGCCCAGCCUAGGAUCGCCGGCGGAGCGGACUCAGCGGGCCGGGUGCAGGCGCAGAGCUGGGCCUCUGCGCCCGGCCCGACCUCCGUCUAUAAAUGGAGCAGCCGGGUGCAGGGCUCCAGUGAGCUUUCCAACUGCCUGACUGCUUGUUUACCUUACCGGUGGGAGCUCCAGCAUCUCUUUGGCUCGAAAUGGACCCCAACUGCUCCUGCGCCACUGGUGGCUCCUGCACGUGCGCCGGCUCCUGCAAGUGCAAAGAGUGCAAAUGCACCUCCUGCAAGAAGAGCUGCUGCUCCUGCUGCCCCGUGGGCUGUGCCAAGUGUGCCCAGGGCUGUGUCUGCAAAGGGGCGUCGGAGAAGUGCAGCUGUUGUGCCUGAUCCGUGGGGACAGCUCUGCUUCCAGCUGUAAAUAGAGCAAACUUCACAACCUGGAUUUUUUUUUUUUAAUACAACCCUGAGCCAUUUUCUGCAUUUCUUUUUAUAUUAAAUAUGUGAAUGGCAAUAAAAGAAUUUUGACUUGAA